AUCGGUUGCGGUUGCAGCUGUUUAGAAUAGUCAUAGUCGCGUUUUGAUUUACUUUUGCUGUUAUACCAUUGGUCAAGGAGGACAACAAAGAAAAUGUAUGCAAUCAGCACUAAACGUCAUUUGAACUCUACCAAUAGCGAGCAAGUGCAAAUAUGGCAAUCAUUUGGCAAGAAAAUUCAAUAUCACAAUUAUCACUGCUUAUUUCGUAGUUAUUGUGAAAUAAACAGUUUAAUUUUUUAUUUUAUAUAUAAUUAGGUAUAGGUAUUACACAAUAUUUUAAUGGAAACACUUCAAGAAACUUUCCUAAUCGAUCAAACGUCAUCUAUCUGUUGUCUAUGGUAUUUAUUUAUAUUUUUGUGCAGUUGGCAGCAGUGUCGAAAUAGCAGAGGACGGGGAAACAUAACGGGUCUCGUUAGUGCUGCUUUUUUUAUCAAUUUACAACUCGACGAGCUUAUUAUCGUGAUCUGUUUGUGUAAAAACGUAAUCGGUAAAUAUUAAUAAAUGUGAAGCGUUAAUAUUUCAGUGCCGGACGCGUUUCGUAGUGAGUGAAAUCGUAUUACAAGUGAUCGUCCAUGAUGGCGGAGUGUUAUAAGGAAAUGUUUGUUUAGGAUUAUAAAUCCGUCGUGUUUUCGUCCGCAAUGACUUUAUUAAACGAAGCAGCAUGGGGCGGCACAGCGCGGUGAUGCCGGGCUGAUGAGCCUCCUCUGCUGCCGCCGCCACCGCGCGCGCACAGACAUGGGCGCCGCGCUCUCGCUGCAUCCCCAGGAGGGCGAGGGCUGCGACGGCGCCGGCGCGCCGGCCGCACCACCCACCAUGGCUGACGUCAUACGAGAGAGAAAGAAGAAGGCGGGUGGUGCGGGGCUCGGCACGCUGCGGCGCCGCAUCGCAGCCGCCGCGCGCCGCCCGAGGGACCGCCCCGACAGAGGGUGCGAGCACGCGCGCUUCAUCCGCGGCGUAGUGAGCUCGUGGCGCCUGGCGGAGGUGUUCCUGCUGUGCGAGGAGCUGGAGGCCGGCGCCGCGCUGCGGGACCUCGUGACCCAGGCCGAGCUGGCUCGGGAGCCUGCGCCGGCACUGCACGCCCAGCUGCACGCGCUGCAGCAAGACAGGCGUUGGUGCGACGUGGAGCUGGUCGGCUCCGGCUGGGUGUUGCCGGCGCAUCGCGCGCUGCUCGCCGCGCGGUGCAGCUACUUCAGGGAGCUGCUGCUGCACUACCCCAGCGGUCCGUGCCGGGUCCCCCUGGAGGGCGCGCUGGCGGAGCUGCCGCGCGGCGACGUGGAGGCGCUCGUGGCGGCGCUGUACGCCGGCCCGCACGCACUGCACUACAGCGACACGAGGCACGAUACCCACUGCGAGCGCGGGUUCAGCUCCGACGGGAACCUGGACAUCAUCAACGUGGAGAGUGGUGGAUCGUGCUCGUGCUCGCUGGGCUCGGCCGGCAGCGUGCGGCGGCUGGCCGAGCGGCUCGGCGCGCGGCUCGACGACCUGCACCGCGACAUGCGGUACCUGCUCGACUCUGGCGAGUACGCGGACGCGCGGCUGGUGUUCGCGGCGGAGGGCGGCGCGGCCUUCGGGUUCCGCUGCGCGCUGGAGCUGCCGUGCCACCGCGCCGUGCUGGCCGCCAGGAGCCGCUUCUUCCGGAGCGUGAUGUCGCGGCGCACGGCGGGCGGCGCCGUGUGCGUGGACGAGAAGGUGCUGCCGCGGCGCUUCGCCAGGGCUCUCCUGCACGCCGCCUACACCGACCAGGUCGGUACCACAUGUAGUCCUGUAGUGCAGGAGCGGGAUGUCGCGGCGCACGGCGGGCGGCGCCGUGUGCGUGGACGAGAAGGUGCUGCCGCGGCGCUUCGCCAGGGCUCUCCUGCACGCCGCCUACACCGACCAGGUCGGUACCACAUGAGCGGGAUGUCGCGGCGCACGGCGGGCGGCGCCGUGUGCGUGGACGAGAAGGUGCUGCCGCGGCGCUUCGCCAGGGCUCUCCUGCACGCCGCCUACACCGACCAGGUCGGUACCACAUGUAGUCCUGUAGUGCAGGAGCGGGAUGUCGCGGCGCACGGCGGGCGGCGCCGUUGCAGGAGCGGGAUGUCGCGGCGCACGGCGGGCGGCGCCGUGUGCGUGGACGAGAAGGUGCUGCCGCGGCGCUUCGCCAGGGCUCUCCUGCACGCCGCCUACACCGACCAGGUCGGUACCACAUGUAGUCCUGUAGUGCAGGAGCGGGAUGUCGCGGCGCACGGCGGGCGGCGCCGUUGCAGGAGCGGGAUGUCGCGGCGCACGGCGGGCGGCGCCGUGUGCGUGGACGAGAAGGUGCUGCCGCGGCGCUUCGCCAGGGCUCUCCUGCACGCCGCCUACACCGACCAGGUCGGUACCACAUGUAGUCCUGUAGUGCAGGAGCGGGAUGUCGCGGCGCACGGCGGGCGGCGCCGUUGCAGGAGCGGGAUGUCGCGGCGCACGGCGGGCGGCGCCGUGUGCGUGGACGAGAAGGUGCUGCCGCGGCGCUUCGCCAGGGCUCUCCUGCACGCCGCCUACACCGACCAGGUCGGUACCACAUGUAGUCCUGUAGUGCAGGAGCGGGAUGUCGCGGCGCACGGCGGGCGGCGCCGUUGCAGGAGCGGGAUGUCGCGGCGCACGGCGGGCGGCGCCGUGUGCGUGGACGAGAAGGUGCUGCCGCGGCGCUUCGCCAGGGCUCUCCUGCACGCCGCCUACACCGACCAGGUCGGUACCACAUGUAGUCCUGUAGUGCAGGAGCGGGAUGUCGCGGCGCACGGCGGGCGGCGCCGUUGCAGGAGCGGGAUGUCGCGGCGCACGGCGGGCGGCGCCGUGUGCGUGGACGAGAAGGUGCUGCCGCGGCGCUUCGCCAGGGCUCUCCUGCACGCCGCCUACACCGACCAGGUCGGUACCACAUGUAGUCCUGUAGUGCAGGAGCGGGAUGUCGCGGCGCACGGCGGGCGGCGCCGUUGCAGGAGCGGGAUGUCGCGGCGCACGGCGGGCGGCGCCGUGUGCGUGGACGAGAAGGUGCUGCCGCGGCGCUUCGCCAGGGCUCUCCUGCACGCCGCCUACACCGACCAGGUCGGUACCACAUGUAGUCCUGUAGUGCAGGAGCGGGAUGUCGCGGCGCACGGCGGGCGGCGCCGUUGCAGGAGCGGGAUGUCGCGGCGCACGGCGGGCGGCGCCGUGUGCGUGGACGAGAAGGUGCUGCCGCGGCGCUUCGCCAGGGCUCUCCUGCACGCCGCCUACACCGACCAGGUCGGUACCACAUGUAGUCCUGUAGUGCAGGAGCGGGAUGUCGCGGCGCACGGCGGGCGGCGCCGUUGCAGGAGCGGGAUGUCGCGGCGCACGGCGGGCGGCGCCGUGUGCGUGGACGAGAAGGUGCUGCCGCGGCGCUUCGCCAGGGCUCUACUGCACGCCGCCUACACCGACCAGGUCGGUACCACAUGUAGUCCUGUAGUGCAGGAGCGGGAUGUCGCGGCGCACGGCGGGCGGCGCCGUUGCAGGAGCGGGAUGUCGCGGCGCACGGCGGGCGGCGCCGUGUGCGUGGACGAGAAGGUGCUGCCGCGGCGCUUCGCCAGGGCUCUCCUGCACGCCGCCUACACCGACCAGGUGGACCUCACGCUGAUCGGCCGAGCAUCCAGCUCGCCCACCAACACCAUCAGCAGUGCCGCGGCGUGGGCGGGCGUGGGGCGCGGCGCGGGGCGGGGCGGCGCGCCGUCCACCGCCAUGCUGGACGACGCCGCGCAGCUCUACGAGAUCGCCAGGUUUUUGGAGAUGCCGAUAGUAGCCCAGGGCUGCGAAGACGCCAUAGUGUCGGCCCUGUGCCCUGAAAGUCUACCGCACGUGCUGCGCUGGACCGCCACGCCCGUCGCCAGCCAGUGGGUGCACCGCCAAGCGAUGCGCUACCUCCGCGACGAGUUCCCCAGCAUCAUGUCGCACGCCGCCGCCGCCAAGCUGCCGCGCGCCGCGCUGGCCGCCGCACUCGCCUCGCCCUUCACGCAGUGCAGCGAGGCGCAGGCGCUGCGGGCGCUGCUGAGGCUAGCCGAGAGGGCCAAGCAAGCCGCCGCCGCGCUCGCCUCGCCCUUCACGCAGUGCAGCGAGGCGCAGGCGCUGCGGGCGCUGCUGAGGCUAGCCGAGAGGGCCAAGCAAGCCGCCGCCGCGCUCGCCUCGCCCUUCACGCAGUGCAGCGAGGCGCAGGCGCUGCGGGCGCUGCUGAGGCUAGCCGAGAGGGCCAAGCAAGCCGCCGCCGCGCUCGCCUCGCCCUUCACGCAGUGCAGCGAGGCGCAGGCGCUGCGGGCGCUGCUGAGGCUAGCCGAGAGGGCCAAGCAAGCCGCCGCCGCGCUCGCCUCGCCCUUCGCGCAGUGCAGCGAGGCGCAGGCGCUGCGGGCGCUGCUGAGGCUAGCCGAGAGGGCCAAGCGAGCCGCCGCCGCGCUCGCCUCGCCCUUCACGCAGUGCAGCGAGGCGCAGGCGCUGCGGGCGCCGCUGAGGCUAGCCGAGAGGGCCAAGCAAGCCGCCGCCGCGCUCGCCUCGCCCUUCACGCAGUGCAGCGAGGCGCAGGCGCUGCGGGCGCCGCUGAGGCUAGCCGAGAGGGCCAAGCGAGCCGCCGCCGCGCUCGCCUCGCCCUUCACGCAGUGCAGCGAGGCGCAGGCGCUGCGGGCGCUGCUGAGGCUAGCCGAGAGGGCCAAGCGAGCCGCCGCCGCGCUCGCCUCGCCCUUCACGCAGUGCAGCGAGGCGCAGGCGCUGCGGGCGCUGCUGAGGCUAGCCGAGAGGGCCAAGCAAGCCGCCGCCGCGCUCGCCUCGCCCUUCACGCAGUGCAGCGAGGCGCAGGCGCUGCGGGCGCCGCUGAGGCUAGCCGAGAGGGCCAAGCGAGCCGCCGCCGCGCUCGCCUCGCCCUUCACGCAGUGCAGCGAGGCGCAGGCGCUGCGGGCGCCGCUGAGGCUAGCCGAGAGGGCCAAGCGAGCCGCCGCCGCGCUCGCCUCGCCCUUCACGCAGUGCAGCGAGGCGCAGGCGCUGCGGGCGCUGCUGAGGCUAGCCGAGAGGGCCAAGCGAGCCGCCGCCGCGCUCGCCUCGCCCUUCGCGCAGUGCAGCGAGGCGCAGGCGCUGCGGGCGCUGCUGAGGCUAGCCGAGAGGGCCAAGCGAGCCGCCGCCGCGCUCGCCUCGCCCUUCACGCAGUGCAGCGAGGCGCAGGCGCUGCGGGCGCUGCUGAGGCUAGCCGAGAGGGCCAAGCGAGCCGCCGCCGCGCUCGCCUCGCCCUUCACGCAGUGCAGCGAGGCGCAGGCGCUGCGGGCGCUGCUGAGGCUAGCCGAGAGGGCCAAGCGAGCCGCCGCCGCGCUCGCCUCGCCCUUCACGCAGUGCAGCGAGGCGCAGGCGCUGCGGGCGCUGCUGAGGCUAGCCGAGAGGGCCAAGCGAGCCGCCGCCGCGCUCGCCUCGCCCUUCGCGCAGUGCAGCGAGGCGCAGGCGCUGCGGGCGCUGCUGAGGCUAGCCGAGAGGGCCAAGCGAGCCGCCGCCGCGCUCGCCUCGCCCUUCGCGCAGUGCAGCGAGGCGCAGGCGCUGCGGGCGCUGCUGAGGCUAGCCGAGAGGGCCAAGCGAGCCGCCGCCGCGCUCGCCUCGCCCUUCACGCAGUGCAGCGAGGCGCAGGCGCUGCGGGCGCCGCUGAGGCUAGCCGAGAGGGCCAAGCGAGCCGCCGCCGCGCUCGCCUCGCCCUUCACGCAGUGCAGCGAGGCGCAGGCGCUGCGGGCGCCGCUGAGGCUAGCCGAGAGGGCCAAGCGAGCCGCCGCCGCGCUCGCCUCGCCCUUCACGCAGUGCAGCGAGGCGCAGGCGCUGCGGGCGCCGCUGAGGCUAGCCGAGAGGGCCAAGCGAGCCGCCGCCGCGCUCGCCUCGCCCUUCACGCAGUGCAGCGAGGCGCAGGCGCUGCGGGCGCCGCUGAGGCUAGCCGAGAGGGCCAAGCAAGCCGCCGCCGCGCUCGCCUCGCCCUUCACGCAGUGCAGCGAGGCGCAGGCGCUGCGGGCGCUGCUGAGGCUAGCCGAGAGGGCCAAGCGAGCCGCCGCCGCGCUCGCCUCGCCCUUCACGCAGUGCAGCGAGGCGCAGGCGCUGCGGGCGCUGCUGAGGCUAGCCGAGAGGGCCAAGCGAGCCGAACCGGCGUUAGUAUGGAGCGGGGGAGGCUCCCGGCGCCGGCGCUCGCUGCCGGACGCGGCGCUGGGCGGCGCGCUGGGCUCGCUGGCGGCGCUCGUGCGCACCGAGCACCUGGGCGCCGCGCCGCUCGCGCCGCCGCUGCACCAGGCCAUACGGAGAGGUGGCCGGGGCUUCUUGGUUAGAAGCGGGGGCUGGGGCGCCUGGAGCUGGGGCAGCUUUCUUUUUCGUUUUCUUCUUAUUAUUAUUUGUAGCUUUAGUGCUCGAGGCGCUCCGUGGCGGUUACGUGGUAUUGUGUGCGCGCCUGGGCGCGUCACAACUCCACCAUAUACAUGUUUUGACACGACACUGAUCGACAUAAAGGAGGCACGACAAGCUUGUAGGAACCGGGCGGUCUGCCCUCGGUACCGUACAGUACAGCGACAGCCGCGUGUUGCAGGCAUGGUGGCGGCGCCGGCGCCGGCGGCGGAGGGCGCGCGCGCGGCGGACGCGUGGCUGGGGCGCGGCGCCUACCGCCCGCCCAGGUACUUCCUGCCCUACCUGGACGAGCUCAAGGCGUUGCUGGAGGACCAGGCGGUGCCGGAGGCGGAGGUGGCGCGGAUCCGGCGCUCGAGGUACCUGCACCGGAUACCGGACACCCUGUAUAUGGUGGCGGCCGAGCGCGGCGGCGCCCCCGACGCGCCGUCGCCCUCGCGGUGCGCGGCCGAGAGCGCCUGCGUGUCCCCGCGCGUGCUGGCGGCCCUGCGCGCCCGGGCGAGGGAGCUGCGCGCCGCGCCCCCCGCCGCGCGGGCGCUCGCCCUGCAGGCCAGCGACAGGAAGGCGUGCAGUCUGCAGGUAUGUGGCCAGGUGGCGGCGGUGUCCGGCCGAGAGCGCCUGCGUGUCCCCGCGCGUGCUGGCGGCCCUGCGCGCCCGGGCGAGGGAGCUGCGCGCCGCGCCCCCCGCCGCGCGGGCGCUCGCCCUGCAGGCCAGCGACAGGAAGGCGUGCAGUCUGCAGGUAUGUGGCCAGGUGGCGGCGGUGUCCGGCCGAGAGCGCCUGCGUGUCCCCGCGCGUGCUGGCGGCCCUGCGCGCCCGGGCGAGGGAGCUGCGCGCCGCGCCCCCCGCCGCGCGGGCGCUCGCCCUGCAGGCCAGCGACAGGAAGGCGUGCAGUCUGCAGGUAUGUGGCCAGGUGGCGGCGGUGUCCGGCCGAGAGCGCCUGCGUGUCCCCGCGCGUGCUGGCGGCCCUGCGCGCCCGGGCGAGGGAGCUGCGCGCCGCGCCCCCCGCCGCGCGGGCGCUCGCCCUGCAGGCCAGCGACAGGAAGGCGUGCAGUCUGCAGGUAUGUGGCCAGGUGGCGGCGGUGUCCGGCCGAGAGCGCCUGCGUGUCCCCGCGCGUGCUGGCGGCCCUGCGCGCCCGGGCGAGGGAGCUGCGCGCCGCGCCCCCCGCCGCGCGGGCGCUCGCCCUGCAGGCCAGCGACAGGAAGGCGUGCAGUCUGCAGGUAUGUGGCCAGGUGGCGGCGGUGUCCGGCCGAGAGCGCCUGCGUGUCCCCGCGCGUGCUGGCGGCCCUGCGCGCCCGGGCGAGGGAGCUGCGCGCCGCGCCCCCCGCCGCGCGGGCGCUCGCCCUGCAGGCCAGCGACAGGAAGGCGUGCAGUCUGCAGGUAUGUGGCCAGGUGGCGGCGGUGUCCGGCCGAGAGCGCCUGCGUGUCCCCGCGCGUGCUGGCGGCCCUGCGCGCCCGGGCGAGGGAGCUGCGCGCCGCGCCCCCCGCCGCGCGGGCGCUCGCCCUGCAGGCCAGCGACAGGAAGGCGUGCAGUCUGCAGGUAUGUGGCCAGGUGGCGGCGGUGUCCGGCCGAGAGCGCCUGCGUGUCCCCGCGCGUGCUGGCGGCCCUGCGCGCCCGGGCGAGGGAGCUGCGCGCCGCGCCCCCCGCCGCGCGGGCGCUCGCCCUGCAGGCCAGCGACAGGAAGGCGUGCAGUCUGCAGGUAUGUGGCCAGGUGGCGGCGGUGUCCGGCCGAGAGCGCCUGCGUGUCCCCGCGCGUGCUGGCGGCCCUGCGCGCCCGGGCGAGGGAGCUGCGCGCCGCGCCCCCCGCCGCGCGGGCGCUCGCCCUGCAGGCCAGCGACAGGAAGGCGUGCAGUCUGCAGGUAUGUGGCCAGGUGGCGGCGGUGUCCGGCCGAGAGCGCCUGCGUGUCCCCGCGCGUGCUGGCGGCCCUGCGCGCCCGGGCGAGGGAGCUGCGCGCCGCGCCCCCCGCCGCGCGGGCGCUCGCCCUGCAGGCCAGCGACAGGAAGGCGUGCAGUCUGCAGGUAUGUGGCCAGGUGGCGGCGGUGUCCGGCCGAGAGCGCCUGCGUGUCCCCGCGCGUGCUGGCGGCCCUGCGCGCCCGGGCGAGGGAGCUGCGCGCCGCGCCCCCCGCCGCGCGGGCGCUCGCCCUGCAGGCCAGCGACAGGAAGGCGUGCAGUCUGCAGGUAUGUGGCCAGGUGGCGGCGGUGUCCGGCCGAGAGCGCCUGCGUGUCCCCGCGCGUGCUGGCGGCCCUGCGCGCCCGGGCGAGGGAGCUGCGCGCCGCGCCCCCCGCCGCGCGGGCGCUCGCCCUGCAGGCCAGCGACAGGAAGGCGUGCAGUCUGCAGGUAUGUGGCCAGGUGGCGGCGGUGUCCGGCCGAGAGCGCCUGCGUGUCCCCGCGCGUGCUGGCGGCCCUGCGCGCCCGGGCGAGGGAGCUGCGCGCCGCGCCCCCCGCCGCGCGGGCGCUCGCCCUGCAGGCCAGCGACAGGAAGGCGUGCAGUCUGCAGGUAUGUGGCCAGGUGGCGGCGGUGUCCGGCCGAGAGCGCCUGCGUGUCCCCGCGCGUGCUGGCGGCCCUGCGCGCCCGGGCGAGGGAGCUGCGCGCCGCGCCCCCCGCCGCGCGGGCGCUCGCCCUGCAGGCCAGCGACAGGAAGGCGUGCAGUCUGCAGGUAUGUGGCCAGGUGGCGGCGGUGUCCGGCCGAGAGCGCCUGCGUGUCCCCGCGCGUGCUGGCGGCCCUGCGCGCCCGGGCGAGGGAGCUGCGCGCCGCGCCCCCCGCCGCGCGGGCGCUCGCCCUGCAGGCCAGCGACAGGAAGGCGUGCAGUCUGCAGGUAUGUGGCCAGGUGGCGGCGGUGUCCGGCCGAGAGCGCCUGCGUGUCCCCGCGCGUGCUGGCGGCCCUGCGCGCCCGGGCGAGGGAGCUGCGCGCCGCGCCCCCCGCCGCGCGGGCGCUCGCCCUGCAGGCCAGCGACAGGAAGGCGUGCAGUCUGCAGGUAUGUGGCCAGGUGGCGGCGGUGUCCGGCCGAGAGCGCCUGCGUGUCCCCGCGCGUGCUGGCGGCCCUGCGCGCCCGGGCGAGGGAGCUGCGCGCCGCGCCCCCCGCCGCGCGGGCGCUCGCCCUGCAGGCCAGCGACAGGAAGGCGUGCAGUCUGCAGGUAUGUGGCCAGGUGGCGGCGGUGUCCGGCCGAGAGCGCCUGCGUGUCCCCGCGCGUGCUGGCGGCCCUGCGCGCCCGGAUAUGCUCGAAAUAUCGCGCUGCGCGCCGUGCGGGAGAUCUCGCUGCCGGACUCGUGCGCCGAGCUGCUGCUCGCCGAGCCCGACAGCGAGGCCGACACCAGCGACAGGCAAGUAUUCGCACUAUACUCUGGCAACCCACUUCCGUCAGUAGAACAAAAGCAAUGGGGCCACACUUCUCGGGUAUUCCCGGCUCCGUUCGGUUCAGCAUUACUCCGAGAAAAGGAGCAGGGCUGGGAGUCGCCGCGCGAGCCGUGGCCGGAGCCCGACUGCUGCAGAUAUGUAUAUUGCAGAGCGCCGGGCUCGCUGCGCUGCGCGUCGGCCGGCAGCCUGCGCGCGCAGCCCGCCGACCAGCGCGGCGCCGCGGAACGCGCGGGCACGUGUCGACGGGAGCCGUCGCGGUUGGACGCGCAGCACAGGCGAUGGGAAGGCGCGGACGGGCUGUCCGCGGCCGUGCCCGACGUGGCGAUGGCGCCCAACGGCAACACGCACCUGCUCACGGCGCGGGACCUGGCGCGUCUGCCGCACAAAGAGUACGGCGUGCUGCAGCUGGACCUGGGCGACGGCGCCACGCACACGCCCCGCCCCGGGUCCCGCGCCGCGCGCGCCGGCCGGCCGCCGCCGAGGGACGCCGCGCAGUCGAGCUCCCGCCGCAGCGACGAGGACGAGCUGCGCGCCGCCAUCGAGCUGUCCGUUAUGCGCGCCUACUCGUCGUUCGGGUGCCGCGCGCGCCUGGCCCCCGGGGCCGCGGGGGGCGCCGCCCCGCCGCCCUCCGCGCCGCCGGCUCCGCCGCCCCCCGCGCCCCCCGGCGGGCCGCAGCCGUCGGGCUCGCGCUCCCGCGGCUCGCCCUCCCCGUCCAACAGCGCGCACCUGUCGGCGCCGCGCCAGGACCACGCCGCCACACUAGACCCCGCGAGACGCGACGCAGACCGUGAGUUUACUGUACAGGGGGCGCCGCCCCUCGCGCCCCCCGGCGGGCCGCAGCCGUCGGGCUCGGGCUCCCGCGGCUCGCCCUCCCCGUCCAACAGCGCGCACCUGUCGGCGCCGCGCCAGGACCACGCCGCCACACUAGACCCCGCGAGACGCGACGCAGACCGUGAGUUUACUGUACAGGGGGCGCCGCCCCCCGCGCCCCCCGGCGGGCCGCAGCCGUCGGGCUCGGGCUCCCGCGGCUCGCCCUCCCCGUCCAACAGCGCGCACCUGUCGGCGCCGCGCCAGGACCACGCCGCCACACUAGACCCCGCGAGACGCGACGCAGACCGUGAGUUUACUGUACAGGGGGCGCCGCCCCUCGCGCCCCCCGGCGGGCCGCAGCCGUCGGGCUCGGGCUCCCGCGGCUCGCCCUCCCCGUCCAACAGCGCGCACCUGUCGGCGCCGCGCCAGGACCACGCCGCCACACUAGACCCCGCGAGACGCGACGCAGACCGUGAGUUUACUGUACAGGGGGCGCCGCCCCCCGCGCCCCCCGGCGGGCCGCAGCCGUCGGGCUCGGGCUCCCGCGGCUCGCCCUCCCCGUCCAACAGCGCGCACCUGUCGGCGCCGCGCCAGGACCACGCCGCCACACUAGACCCCGCGAGACGCGACGCAGACCGGGGCGCCGCCCCGCCGCCCCCCGCGCCCCCCGGCGGGCCGCAGCCGUCGGGCUCGCGCUCCCGCGGCUCGCCCUCCCCGUCCAACAGCGCGCACCUGUCGGCGCCGCGGGGCGCCGCCCCGCCGCCCCCCGCGCCCCCCGGCGGGCCGCAGCCGUCGGGCUCGCGCUCCCGCGGCUCGCCCUCCCCGUCCAACAGCGCGCACCUGUCGGCGCCGCGCCAGGACCACGCCGCCACACUAGACCCCGCGAGACGCGACGCAGACCCGCGUUGCUCGGCGUCGGCGCCGCUCGGGCUGGGCGCGAGCGCGGUCGCGCGCACGCCGUCGCCGCGCCGCGCGCCGCCCCGCGCGCCGCUCCGCGCGCCGCCGCACGCGCACGCCGCGCACGCGACACACUCCGCGCACGCCACGCACGACUACAGGGACAGUUACGGCCGCGGGGGCGGCGGCGGCGCGUGA